CGACUCCGAGAAAGGGUAAACCGGAGAGACAAACAAAAACAGGAUUCUGCAAAACCGCCUGUGGAGUGCGGACACAGGUAAUUAUAGAAAUCCUUAAUUGCAGUAUGCCGGAGGAACCGUCAAGUGCUCUAGUCACCCACGACAUCCAUAAGUGGUGAAGUUGAAGUUGCAGCACAGAGAAAACUGAAGCAGAGAUUACAGCCGCCCCCGUGUUGAUUCUCUAGAGCCUUUCAGGGUUUUUGCAAUUUGGAGGUUAAUGGCUAGGGUUUUCCAUGCAAAACAAGAGGCACUCAUAUCUCUGAUGUCCGAUUCAUGCAACGGUUUUUGGUGGGGAUAAGGUUCUGGAUUGAUUCGACUGGAUUUGAGGUUGUACAUCAGAGAUUUUCCAAUCGCAAUCUACUACUUACAGCUGAAAAACAAAGAGGAGAAAAUAACCUCUAAAGGUUUCAUCUUGUUAGAGUUUUGUCAUUAUCUCCGAAUCAGCAGCUUUUUUUUUUUGGUUUUCAAGAUUAAUCCUUUGGUUUUGAUUGAAGAAACCAAACAUGGCAAAUCGGUGGUGGGCUGGAAAUGUUGCAAUGAGAGGUAUAGACUCAAUAGUUUCAGCUUCAGCUCCAUCUCUUCACCUUAGAAAUCCGGAGGAAGAACGCACGGCCUUGAACUGUCUUGGGUCAAGAAAAGAACAGGAAUUUAUGGAUAAUAACAACGGUAACACCGGCGGGGACAGCGAUAGCCCGAAUACUACUACUCCGAACCAAAACCAGAGCCAAGAUGAUGAAGAUAAUAACAACAAUCUGGAAUCGGAAGAGCAGAAUACUGCCCUGGAGACUAUCGAGGUGGGCUCCGGUUCGUCCUCUCGCAGGCCCAGGGGCCGGCCUCCGGGUUCAAAAAACAAACCGAAAGCCCCGAUCGUCAUCACCAAGGAAAGCCCUAAUUGUCUACGAAGUCACGUGUUGGAAAUCAAAAGCGGCAGCGAUAUCGCCGAGUGCAUCGCCAAUUUCGCUCAGCGUCGCCAUUGCGGUGUGUCUGUUCUCAGUGGUAGCGGCAUUGUUACCAAUGUUUCACUCCGCCAGCCAGCGGCGCCCGGUGGAAUAGUUACUCUUCAUGGAAGAUUUGAGAUUUUGUCGUUAUCCGGCGCGUUUUUGCCCGCUCCAUCGCCUCCUGGUGCAACGGGGCUGACGGUCUACUUGGCUGGCGGGCAGGGGCAGGUGGUGGGGGGUAGCGUAUUGGGCGCGCUGGUGGCGUCAGGGCCUGUGAUGGUGAUUGCAGCAACUUUUUCAAAUGCCACUUAUGAGAGGUUGCCGAUAGAGGAUGAUAAUGGGGGCGGUGAUGACAACGGUGGAGGAGAAGGGCAGCAGCAAGGUAGUAAUAGUGGCGGUGGUGGUAAUUCAGGAGGUCAGCCUCAGAGUUUGGGACAUGAACAAGGCUGCUCAAUGCCACUGUAUAACUUGGCUCCUAAUUUUCUGCCUAAUGGACAAAUGCCUCAUGAUGUGUUUUGGGGUCCUCCGCUUCGUCCUCCUUCAUCUUACUAAUUUCUGUCUUCAAACAUGGUUUGGCUCUUCUCCUCACUGGCUUAAUUUGUUCAAAAAUUUCGGAUGCUUGAUGUUCAUGUAUAAGUUUAUUAGGGAGGAAACUAGGGCUUUUUGGUUGCAAACUUUCUUCGUUUUUGUGAAUCUGAUCCAGAAUUGGCUUCGGCUUUGUUACAUGUUUUUGGAACUAGCUUGUUGUCUAAUAUAUGUAGAAUUUGGUAUAAUUGAAUGCCUUUUUUUAUUCUCCCUAAUAAACAUUUUUUACCAGA